AUGGCAGGGCAAGCUUUUGGAAAGUUUCUUCCCCUCUUGGACCGAGUUUUGGUUGAAAGGAGUGCUGCUGAGACUGUUACUAAAGGAGGUAUGCUUCCAGAAAAAUCUCAAGGAAAAGUAUUACAUGCAACGGCAGUAGCUGUUGGAUCAGGAUCUAAAGGAAAGAGUGGAGAAAUUCAACCAGUUAGUGUGAAAGUUGGAGAUAAAGUUCUUCUUCCAGAAUAUGUUGGAACCAAAGUAGUUAUACAAGACAAGGACUAUUUCUUAUUUAGAGAUAGUGACAUUCUGGGGGAAAUACAUGGACUGAAAUCACUCAUGAAGUGGUCUCAUGAAAGUUGUCCGUUCCAGUGA